AUGGUUCGGACGUUUUCAUUCGUUUCUUCACCGUCAGCAGUUGCCCUGUCACUGUUGGCGGGCUCGGCACUCGCUGUCGACCUUAACACCGCUGACACAGCCUCCAUAUCCUCGGCUGCCUCUACGAUCGCGUCGGGUCUGUUCAAAGGUUACUAUAAUAACGCUUCCACAGCCGGGGACUUUAACCAACCGCAGCCGUGGUACUGGUGGCUGUCAGGCUCAGGCUGGAAUGGCCUGAUGGACUAUACCGUGUACACCAAGGACACACAGUACCAAACAGCCCUCCUGGCCGCAAUCCCCGAGAACCUCGGCUCGAACUUCGAUUUUGCACCCGCGGAGCAGCAGGGGUGGGAGGCCAACGAUGACCAGAUGUACUGGGUGUACAAUGCCCUCACCGCGAUGGAGUACAACUUCACGGCAAUCGAAGGGGCACCGUCGUGGGUGACCGUCGCUGAGAACGCCUUCAACGCCUUCGCGAGGAGGUGGGCAGCCGACAGCCCGACGUGCGGCGGGGGCUUGAAGUGGCAAUAUACCAAGACCGCUAAUGGUUAUUUCUACAAGAACGCCGUGACGAACGGAGGUUUCCUCCAGACCUCGGCCAGGCUGGCCCGGUACACGGGCAACACGACUUAUGCGGAGUGGGCCGGAAAAAUUUGGGACUGGUCCGUCGCCGUCGGCCUCGUUGGGACCCAAUUCAAUGUCUUCGACGGGACGUCCGAUAAGGACGCCGACAACUGCACCACCAUGUCUGGCGACCAGUGGUCCUAUAACGUCGCCACGUACAUGAUGGGUGCUGCCAACAUGUACGCAUAUACCGGAGCCAUGGGCUUUCCAGAACAGCAAGUCGUAUGGGGAUCACGGGUGGCGGGGCUGGUGGCAGCAGCUAACGCGACUUUCUUCUCCCCACCGACGAACAACGCGACGGGCGUUAUGUAUGAGCAGAAAUGUGAAGUCACUUCAGAAUGUGACCUCGACCAGACGAGCUUCAAGAGCAGCCUGGCGAGGUGGAUGGGUAAGACGGCUGUGCUGGUGCCCAGUGUCAAGGACAACAUCAUGACCCUGCUCAGCACAAGCGCGAAGGCGGCCGCUGCGAGCUGCACUGAUGGCACCUCGACCGUCUCGUGUGGCAUGAAGUGGUGGACAGCGGAUGGGUACGAUGGGUAUUCGGAUUUCGGAUCGCAGCUGAGCGCUUUGGAGGUUAUACAGAGCCUGCUGGUGACAAGCACGCCGGAGCCGACGACAUUGAUCCCGGCAUAG